AUGUUCGAUAUUCUUGAAGGUAUUCUUGAAGGAAGUGAAGCUUCGGAAGGCGAUUCUCAAUCAGUCAAUGAGUUAUCAUUGCUCAACCACAGCUACGAAGAGGAGCCCCUCCGCGGUUAUUAUGCAGUUUGGCUGUCGAGUGCAUCAAAAGCUUCGAUCAAAAAAUUGUCCACUCCCGAAAGAGUUUUUGAUUAUAUUAGUGGAGUAUGGAAAAGCCGUGAAAUUGGCAAGCUCCUUGCAAAGUCUCCUAAGGGAGGUGUUCACGGUAGAAUAGAGGACAUAUCGUCGCUAUCUGCCAAGGGCCGAGAUGUAUUGCAGAGGUGGUCGAGAGUCGUUAGCCACUACGAUGCUGGAAAUGAGUCUGGGGAGGACGAAGAUCCCGUAGAAAUGUGGAACCGUGCUGUGGAGACUUCUAUGCUGAGUUCUAGCGCACUAUCGCCAGGCAAGUGCUUUUUUCACGAGAAGUCUUCCCACUUCAGCAUGAUGUUUUUCGAACGAACAUUGAACAAUGAACAUGGAUCGUCACGGAAACGAAAGAAUUACAAUGGUGAAAAAGAAAAUUAUUGCGAUAUAGAAGAGCCUCCUCUCGCUCAAAGUACCGCUAUCCGACCGAAACGUCCGGAACUCCUUCAACAGGGGAGCACAGAUAAUUCAGACAGUUCAGCAGUGGUCACUAGGGUUGUUCCCCAAGAAACUCCUGUUAGCGAAAAUGUUUCGCGAGCCAAUUUGAGCGACGGCACACCUUCGACGUCGACGAGAAAACGUUCCAAGGUGAAGGAUAUGCACUCCAGAGAGCAGAAACUGCCUGCCACACCCGAUGGAACGUCAUCUGAAAGUCGAAGACGAUCGCCAAGGCUAAACGUGACGAAGUCAACGAGAAGCAUUUCUAAUGGUAGCGCUGUAGACAGGAAAGGAAAGAUGGAUCACGAAGGCUCGAUAUCUACGUCACGACCGGAUGUGAUAAAUAAUAGCUCCAAGGAGAAGAUUAAUGACGAAAAUCUAAACAUACGCAAGGAGAAUGAUCAGCCUUUGCAGUUACGAACUCCACAGCUUAAAAUUCCGGGCAAAUCAAGUCACAAGGCUGGUUUCCGAAAGAACGAAGGGGAUGUCCCAAUUAUUUCAGAUUGCCACUCGUGCUAUUACAAUCUACCAAUGCUGUUCAUCAGUUUCAGAGAAAACUCAUAA